UUCAUGGAAGGGUAACUGAUUGACUCACGGAAUCUGGGAAGUGUCCUAAAGGUGAUUGCACUGGAGCUGGACUUGGAAGCAUGGGACAAUUUUGUAUAAGGACAAGGCGCACUCCAGGUAGGGAGAAUUGCCUGGGCAAAGACAUGGAAGCAGAAAGGCAGGGGCAGAGGUGCAGAGGCUUGCUGGCCGGAGCAGAUGGAGCAUGAAUUCAGCAUGUGAUGAUGGGGUUCAAAGCCAAGCCAGCGUUGGCACUGCAAGUUGAUGUUGGCUUAAAACUUGCCAGUAUUGGUUAGGGGACCCUGACUAACAUGUGCUCUCUCCCCCUGCAGAGGCUAUGCCACUGAAGCAUUAUCUCCUUUUGCUGGUGGGCUGCCAAGCCUGGGGUGCAGGGUUGGCCUACUAUGGCUGCCCUAGUGAGUGUACCUGCUCCAGGGCCUCCCAGGUGGAGUGCACCGGGGCACGCAUUGUGGCCGUACCCACCCCUCUGCCCUGGAACGCCAUGAGCCUGCAGAUCCUCAACACACACAUCACUGAACUCAGUGAGUCCCCGUUCCUCAAUAUCUCAGCCCUCAUCGCCCUGAGGAUUGAGAAGAAUGAACUGUCACACAUCAUGCCCGGGGCCUUCCGAAACCUGGGCUCGCUGCGCUAUCUCAGCCUCGCCAACAACAAGCUGCAGGUUCUGCCCAUCGGCCUCUUCCAGGGCCUGGACAGCCUCGAGUCACUCCUUCUGUCCAGUAACCAGCUGGUGCAGAUCCAGCCGGCCCACUUCUCCCAGUGCAGCAACCUCAAGGAGCUGCAGCUGCAUGGCAACCACCUGGAAUACAUACCCGACGGAGCCUUCGACCACCUGGUGGGACUCACGAAGCUCAAUCUGGGCAAGAAUAGCCUCACCCACAUCUCACCCAGGGUCUUCCAGCACCUGGGCAACCUCCAGGUCCUCCGGCUCUAUGAGAACAGGCUCACGGAUAUCCCCAUGGGCACUUUUGAUGGGCUUGUCAACCUGCAGGAACUGGCUCUGCAGCAGAACCAGAUCGGGCUGCUCUCCCCUGGUCUCUUCCACAACAACCACAACCUCCAGAGGCUCUACCUGUCCAACAACCACAUCUCCCAGCUGCCGCCCAGCAUCUUCAUGCAGCUGCCCCAGCUCAACCGUCUUACCCUCUUCGGGAAUUCCCUGAAGGAGCUCUCUCCGGGGAUCUUCGGGCCCAUGCCCAACCUGCGGGAGCUUUGGCUCUAUGACAACCAUAUCACUUCUCUACCCGACAACGUCUUCAGCAACCUCCGCCAGUUGCAGGUCCUGAUUCUUAGCCGCAACCAGAUCAGCUUCAUCUCCCCGGGUGCCUUCAACGGGCUCACGGAGCUUCGGGAGCUGUCCCUCCACACCAACGCAUUGCAGGACCUGGACGGGAACGUCUUCCGCAUGUUGGCCAACCUGCAGAAUAUCUCCCUGCAGAACAACCGCCUCAGACAGCUCCCAGGGAAUAUCUUUGCCAACGUCAAUGGCCUCAUGACCAUCCAGCUGCAGAACAACCAGCUGGAGAACUUGCCCCUCGGCAUCUUCGAUCACCUGGGGAAACUGUGUGAGCUGCGGCUGUACGACAAUCCCUGGAGGUGUGACUCAGACAUCCUUCCACUCCGCAACUGGCUCCUGCUCAACCAGCCUAGGUUAGGGACGGACACUGUACCUGUGUGUUUCAGCCCAGCCAACGUCCGAGGCCAGUCCCUCAUUAUCAUCAAUGUCAACGUUGCUGUUCCGAGUGUCCAUGUCCCCGAGGUGCCUAGUUAUCCAGAAACGUCAUGGUACCCAGACACAUCAAGUUAUCCUGACACCACAUCCAUCUCUUCUACCACUGAGCUAACCAGCCCUGUGGAAGAUUACACCGAUCUGACUACCAUUCAGGUCACCGACGACCGCAGCGUUUGGGGCAUGACCCAGGCCCAGAGCGGGCUGGCCAUUGCUGCCAUUGUCAUUGGCAUUGUUGCCCUGGCCUGCUCCCUGGCUGCCUGCAUCGGCUGUUGCUGCUGCAAGAAGAGAAGCCAAGCCGUCCUGAUGCAGAUGAAGGCACCCAACGAGUGUUAAAGAGGCAGGCUGGAGCAGGGCUGGGGAAUGAUGGGACUGGAGGACCUGAGAACUUCAUCUUUCUGCCUCCACCCCUGGGUCCACGGAGCUUUCCCGUGAUUAUUCUUUCUGGCCCUAGAGAAAGGUGUGCCUACCUCUUCCUGACCGGCCUGAUUCUCCCGUAGAGAAGCAGGUCGCGCCGGACCUUCGUACAAUCAGGAAGAUAGAUCCAACUGGCCAUGGCAAAAGCCCUGGGGAUUUCUGAUUCAUACCCCUGGGCUUCCUUCAGGAGGGCUCCUCCUCCAAAUCCUCCCCACCUGUCCUCCAAGAACAGCCUUCCCUGCGCCCAGGCCCCUUCCUGGCCUCGUAGACUCAGUUAGUCCACAGCCUGCUCACUUCGUGGGAAUAGUUCUCCGCCGAGAUAGCCCCUCUCGCCUAACUAUUAUGUAAGUUGAUUUCCCUUCUUUUGUUCCUCUUGUUUGUGCUAUGGCUUGACCCAGCAUGUCCCCUCAAAUGAAAGUUCUCCCCUUGAUUUUCUGCUCCUGAAGGCAGGGUGAGUUCUCUCCUCAAAGAAGACUUCAAACCAUUUAACUGGUCUCUUACGAGCCGUCAAGCAGCCUGGGUUUGGAGACGCUGUGAAAGAGAAGGAAAAUCAUGCCGCUCAGUUCCUGGAGACAGAGCCGUCAUCAGCAUCUCACUUGUGAUUUUUAUCUGGAAAAGGAAGGAAGACCCCAACACAGCAAGCUCAGCCUUUUAGAGAAGGAUCUUUCCAAACUGCAAACUUCGCUUUGAAAACUUUAGCCCUUUAAGGAAUGAAAUCAUGUAGGAUUUUGGAAUUCUAAAAACAUUAAAAUCAGCUUAUUGGUACAGGAUAGAGAAAGAAAUCUGGUGCCUGGGGGUCCUUGUGUUCACCCCUAGAGUUCUGUUUUAAAAAUUUUAAUUGAAGCGUAUGUGCAGAAAAGUGGGUACAGCUUGGUGGAUUUCCACAAACUGAACAUACCUGUGUAAUCAGCAUUCAGACCCAGACACAGAGCAUCACCAAUAUCCCCCAUCCUGGGCUUUUCCCAGAGGAGACCGGGGCUUCUGGAGAUGGGCUUACCUAGGACCUGCUCCCCGUGAGCCAGGACGGUCCCCCCACAGCCAGCCUGUGCAAAGGCCCAGUGGCCAGGGGUGGAGGAGAGUAUGUGGGUGUGGACAGGAUGGGAGACUCCGGCCUGCACAGGAGAUCUGAUUAAAUCUGGAGACCCUGAAACCUGGGGCACCCUGGCUGGCCAGGUCAGAAGCAUCCUGACUGCAGAGGUCCGUGCAGCCACACCCCCUUCCCUGCCAGCAAGCUGUCUGCGGCUCGUCGGAGGCCCCUCUGCCUGGAGCCUUUUAUGGGCAUGACAUGCCUGUAUCUGUUUUUAAUUUUCAUUCUUCACUUAGGGGAAGUGAAAUAGCUCAGAGAUGAGAUCCUUUAAUUGAAAACCAAGUGUAACGGAAUCCAGUGUCUUUCUAAUAUGGUAAAAUUCUCCGUCAGCAUCACAGUCAGCUGUCAGCUAAACUUCAGCAUCUCACUUACAGCAGGCAACACUGGGGUACAACGACGGGUCACACUCGGUCUGGGGGCUCCCUGGAGCUCCUCUUGCAUGUGGUCUGGUUAGGAGUUGAGUUGUUUGCUCCCGGGUUAGUCUCCUCCUCGAGUCACAGUCACACGAAUGCCUGUUUUCUCUGGCCUUCCUGCUACAAACAUAUUCACAUGGCGCUCAAGAAGUUAGGCUCAUGGCAACAUGUGGCUUUCUCCGGACAACUGGCCCAGUUUACAGUGAAAUGGAGAAUUUCGGGUCUCCAUGUCUGCCCAGGAAAGAACUUCGGCUGACUCCGCGGGGACUUGGAAAUCCACCACCAAUCCUGACGGGCUCUGAUUAGUUCCCUGCUCUGCAAGACACUGUGACAUCCCCCAGGAUCGGAGCACAGCGCUGGCCACGUUUCCCUUCCAGUUCCUGCACAAAAAACGUCCAGAGGGAUGUUUGCAAACUCUAGUGCACUUUGUAGCUUUUCACUCUCUGUCCCAGGGAAUCUAGGAGAGAUGAGGCCGGUCAGAGACAAGACAUGUCAUCUCCCCAUGGCAAAUCUGGGUCCCCAGGGCAUUUCCAAACUAUUGGUAGUACCUGGAGGACGUGCACCAAGCCUUGCCAGGGCCAACAGGAAGUGAGCCCAGAGCAUGGCACAUGAGCGUCACCCGCUGAUGGUGGCCUGCUGUGCCUGGUGCCAACAGGGGCAGCCCGGCCCGCACCCCUCCAGACGGGAAGCAUGGGUUUGCCCACAUUCCUCGUCUCCAGACCUGUUGGGUGCUCCUGUGAGUGGCCUCUACAUGUCUCUGUGCAUAGGCACAAGUGGGCCAGGGCUGGAGAGACGUGGGAGGCCUCCUCGCCCAGUGGGCCCUGCCAAUCUUAACCCAGAACCCCUGGUAUUCCUGGCAGUAGCCAUGACAUUGGAACACCUUCCUCUCCAGCCCAGAGGCUGACCCGAGGGCCGCUGUCCUCAGAGGACACCACCCAGGAGCACCAUAGGUGAGGGGUGAGGGCCCCUUUAUGUGAACCUCUUGCCUCUUCCUUUCUCCCAUCAGAGUAGUUGGAUGGAGCCAUUGGGCCUCCUUUUCUUCAGUGGGCCCUUCACCCUCUCUGCGCCAUGUUGCCUGGCUGGGGAACUACAAGAAAAGCUGAGUGGAGUCUCCUUUCCAACAGGCUGAUGCAUUUGCUCAAUUCUCAGGGCUAGAAUGAGCCGGCUGGUCCCCCAGAAAGCUGGAGUAGGGUACAGAGUUCAGUGCACUUUCCCCCUCUGUUUCCAGCUCCUUGACAGUCCCACGCCCAUCUGGAUUGGGAGCUGGGAGUCAGUGUUGGAGAAAAGACAACAAAAGCCAACGAGAACCACUAUUUUUUAAGAGGGCUUACUGUGCACAGCUACCCUUCAAAGCACUGGGUGUGGAUUCUCUCUCUAGCCCUCAGCACCCCUGUGGUAGGAGUGCCACCUCUACCAGCUUGUGAUGGGGCACAGAGGCACUUGCUCUUCUGCAUGGUACUCAAUACGCUGGGAGUUGUAUUUAUCUCUCUGAACUUUGUACAAGGGCUCAUGGCUUGUCUUGGCUCGUCAUUAAACCAAAGAAAAUGGAAGCCAUUCCCCUGUUGCUCUCCAAAGUCUUGGUCAUCGGAACCUCACUUGGCACCAUAUAGAUCAAAAGCUUUGUAACUACAGGAAAAAAUAAACUCACCCACCCCUUAAAGAAUACAAUAGCUGGCCCCUCUCAUGGGAAUUGGGCUGUAUGUAUAUUGUUCUUCCUCCUUAGAAUUUAGAGAUACGAGAGCUCUUAGAACUUUUCAUGGAUACAAUUUCCACAACCUUUCAGAUGCCAGUGUAAAGCUGUUGGGAAAGAAUUUCCAAACUCAGGAAGUUUACAGAGAACAGACAGCUAGAGAUAACUCGGGAACCAGAGUUGGUCGACAGAUGUUAGAUGUAUCCUAGCUUUUAGCUACAAACCACUCAAAAGAUUCUGUCCCCAGAUCCCACAGUCAGAACUGGUUCUGGGUGGUUGGGAAGGCAGUGGUGGGCUGGGAAGGAACCACUGCUGUGGUUCAGAGGGGGUGGGCUGGCAAGCCACUUCCGGGUAAAACUCCUUCCGCCCCAGGUUUCUUCUUCUCUUAAGGAGAGAUUGUUCUCACCAACCCUCUGCCUUCAUGCUGCCUUCAAAAGUAGAUCAUGUUUGCCUUGCUUAGAGAAUUACUGCAAAUCAGCCCCAGUGCUUGGCGAUGCAUUUAGAGAUUUCUAGGCCCUCAGGGUUUUGUAGAGUGUGAGCCCUGGUGGGCAGGGUUGGGGGUCUGUCUUCUGCUGGAUGCUGCUUGUAAUACAUUUGGUGUACAGAAUCAACAAUAAAUAAUUUACAUG